AUGUAUUUACACCUUGUCGGUGUUGUCCACCUCCUUGCGGAAGUCGAGGAAUGCAAGACCAGGAGUGUAGUCUGUGUAGAGCUGGUCGACCUCCUCCAAAGUAAGACCCUUGGUUUCCGGAACGAACGCAAACACAAAGAAGAUACAGAACAGCGAGCAGCCAAAGAAGACAAAGCCGUAGGCAAAGUGGAUGGCGUUGGCGAUGAAAGGCGUGAAGAAGGCAAUCAGGAAUCCCCAGAUCCAGUUGGCAGAGGAGGCAAUGGCCAUACCUUUCUGUCUGAUUCUCAAUGGGUAUGUUUCAGAGCACACAACAAAGACACCUGGACCCCAAGUGGUUGCAAAGAAGAAGAUGUAGAAGCACGAGAGGAAGAUCAUGGCGUCUCCGACGCUCUUGCUUGGGUCGACACCGUAGGGGCCGUUGUAAAGGGCCUUAGUACCAAUGGCUGCGAAAAUGACAAGACACACAGACAUACCGAAACCACCAGCCAUCAAAGUGAAUCUUCUUCCGAAUCUGUCAAUGGUGACGAGCGAAACAAAGGUGGAGGCGAAGUUGACGAUACCCAGCACAAUGGAGGUCUCGAACGAGUCGGUCAAUCCGACAGACUUGAAGAUGGUGGUACCGUAGUAGAAGAAGUAGUUGUCUCCGGAAAGUUGUUGCAACGAUUGCAAAACCACACCAACCAUCAACCGGUAGAAGAUCUUUGGUUUUCCGGUGAACAGCUCUCCCCAGGAAGCGGAACCAGCUCUUCUUUCAAUUUCAAUAGAGUUGAGGAUAAUGGCGGCCUCGUGCUCGACGAACUCGGAGUCGAUGUCCACUUUGUUGACGAUGGAGAUAGAUCUCUUGGCGUCCUCGAUUCUGUCCUUCUCCAUCAAAUAACGAGGAGAUUCCGGCAUGAAGGUCAUACCGAAGAUCAUGAGCAAAGCCCAUGCGAAACACAGACCGUUUGGAAUUCUCCAUUGUCUGGAGUCAUCGUAGGCGUGGUAGGUACCGUAGGUUGUGCAGUAUCCCAAGAAGAUACCGGCGGUGAUCAUCAAUUGGUAGCAGGAAACAAGCGUACCACGGAUCUCUUUAGGAGAGGUUUCGGAAAUGAACAUUGGCGACAAGACGGAAACAGAUCCAACAGCCAGUCCGGAAAUGAUACGGCCAAUGAAGAAUUGCACCCAAGAAGAAACAGAGGCAAUCUGGAUAACGAUUCCGACAAUGUAAACCACCAUGGUCAACAUAAGACCGACUUUUCUUCCCUUGAUGUCUCCGAGUCUUCCCAGAGUGACACCUCCGAUGGCACAUCCGAUGUUGAAGAUGGAAAUCAUCAAACCGGUACGAACGUUGGAAAGAUAGUGCUCACCGCUACCGUUAAUUUGACCAAACCGGUUCUUGAAGUCUGGCAUGUUGACGAAACCGGAAAUGGUACCAGUAUCCCAACCAAACACAAAACCACCAAAUGCAAUAAGCGAACACAGCAGACCAGUACCCAAGUACUGCAUUCCGCUCUUACCAGUAGACACGGCAGGAUGGUCUUCUGGCAAGGCAGUCUUGUCGUGUGCGUGGUCCUCAUAGAUGUUUUCUGGAGGAGGAGUAACCGACCCGAUGUCGGAUUUCUUCGAUUGUUGAUCCGAGUUUGA